AUGUCGGUAGAAAUCGGCAUCAAAUGGAGCGGAAAGGAGUUUGUCGUCAAGCUGGAUCCCACAGAAACGGUACUGCAGCUAAAGCAUAAGCUUGAAAGCGAGACGAACGUACUUGCAAAGCGGCAAAAGAUUCUGGGGCUCAAGACCAAGGAUGGGAAGCAGGCGACAGAUGAAUCUUCGGUUGGGGAGCUUCAGAUCAAGCCCAACGUCAAGUUCAUGAUGAUGGGGUGCGUGGACGACUUCGACAUUGGGGCGGACGAGUCAGUGGCGAACAUCGCCGUCCAGGACCGACCGGAGGAUAAGUUGGCUCGGCGGUUGAAGAGUGUGGAAGUUAAGAUUCUGUCCCCACCUCGCCCGGGCAAGAAGUGCCUGGUCAUAGAUAUCGACUACACCAUAUUUGACCUGGGGUCUACGGCAGAGCGGCCCGAGGAGCUCGCACGGCCGUACCUUCACGAGUUCCUGACGUCAGCGUACGAAUCGUACGACAUAAUUAUCUGGUCAGCCACCAGUAAAAAGUGGGUGGAGGUUAAGAUGAAGGAGUUGGGCGUUCUGGGCAACCCAGCCUACAACAUCGUUUGCCUGCUGGACCACACCGCUAUGGUUACCGUACAUACAGAAAAAUACGGCGUAUUCGACUGCAAACCGCUACAGUUCAUUUGGGAGAAGUUUCCCGGACAGUACACUGAAGCCAACACCAUCAUGUUGGAUGACCUUAAGCGCAACUACAUCAUGAACCCUCAGCAGGGCCUGGUGAUCAGGCCCUUCCGUAAGGCCCACCUGACCCGUGGGUCGGACAGGGAGCUGCUGGGCCUUAUGGCGUACCUGGCGGCCAUAGCCCCCCUGGACAGCUUGGAGGAGCUGGACCACUCGCGGUGGGAGAGGUACAUUGAAAAACACAAACGCCAGCGGCAGUAGCAACAGUGCUGUAGCAGUAGCAGCGGCAGGCGCUGUAGCACACGGCGAUGCAGUGGCAGGAGUCCCGUCUCGGCAGUGCGCC